AGUCGACUGAAGUUUCCGAGGAGCCUUCUCUAGCUGGGCUGGACACACCUUUCAAAAGACCCCAAAGCGUGCUCCUUGCACCUUAAAUGCUCCUUUCCCUUGAAUCUUCCUCCUGCCCCUCUCCCUGACUUCCCUCCUCCCAUCUACAAGAUUCAGCCUCUCCCCAAGGGGCUUGAGCAUCCUCGAGGUUUCCCACCCUUGACCGCUCCAUCCCCGGAUGGAGCCAGAGAAAUGUGGUGGGGGGGCCGGGGCCAGAGUUUCAACGUCACCCCCCAGAAGGAGGAGCCAGAGAUGGGGCUCUCUGGACCAAAGUCUGUCCAGGGGAGUGGGAUGCCAGAGCCCAGGAGUCAUCAGCUUGGCAGCUGCCUGGCCUCUGGAUGCCUCCCAGGGGAGCAGAUCCUAGCAUGGGCCCCAGGGGUGAGGAAAGGGUUGGAACCUGAACUGCCUGGAACCCUGAUCUGCAGCAACCUGAGGGUCACCUUCCAGCCCUGUGGAUGGCAGCGGAGUGAGGAGACUCCCCUGAGCAGUGAGUAUGAUUUUUCCCUGGCCAACAUUGGGCGAUUAGAGGCUGUGAAUGGCCUGUCCCGAGUCCAGCUCCUCCGUCCAGGGUCCCUGCUUAAAUUUAUCCCUGAGGAGAUUCUGAUUCAUGGCCAAGACUUCCGGCUACUCAGAGUUGGUUUUGAGGCUGGAGGACUAGAGCCACAGGCCUUUCAGGUGACCAUGGCCAUUGUCCAAGCCAGAGCUCAGAACAGUCAAGCCCAACAGUAUGCAGGGAUAACCCUGAGCAAGGCUGGCCAGAGUUCUAGUUCCAGAAAACCACCUAUUCCCCUCUUGGAGACAUCAGAAGACUGGGAGAUUGAGCGGAAAAAGCAGGGGGCCAGGGGCUGGAGGGUCAGCACUGUCAACGAGAGGUUCGACGUAGCCACCAGCCUCCCCCGUUACUUCUGGGUCCCUAACCGAACUCUGGACAGUGAGGUCAGGAGAGCAUUUGGCCACUUCCAUCAGAGCCGUGGACCGCGCCUGUCCUGGCAUCACCCUGGGGGUAGUGAUCUUCUCCGCUGUGGUGGCUUCUAUACAGCCAGUGACCCCAACAAGGAUGAUAUCAGAGUAGUGGAGUCGAUGCUCCAGGCUGGGCAUUCAGACGUUGUCCUGGUAGACACUAUGGAUGAGCUCCCCAGUCUUGCAGACGUCCAACUUGCCCACCUGAGGCUGAGGGCCCUCUGCCUGCCUGAUUCAUCUGUGGCUGAGGAUAAAUGGCUCUCAGCUCUGGAUGGAACACGAUGGUUGGACUACGUCAGGUCUUGUCUUCGAAAGGCCAGUGACAUCUCAGUCUUAGUGACAUCCAGGGUUCGCUCUGUAGUACUUCAAGAGCGCGGUGAUCGUGAUUUCAAUGGCCUCCUCUCUUCACUCGUCCAGCUGCUUUCAGCCCCUGAAGCCCGGACACUGCUUGGCUUCCAAUCACUAGUGCAGCGAGAGUGGGUGGCAGCUGGACAUCCUUUCCUGACCCGACUUGGGGGAACUGGGGCCAGUGAAGAGGCCCCAGUGUUUCUCCUCUUCCUUGAUUGCGUCUGGCAGCUCCUCCAGCAGUCUCCAGCUGAGUUUGAAUUCUCUGAGUUCUUCCUUCUUGCUCUUCACGACAGCGUCAGGGUUCCUGACACACUUACAUUCUUGAGAGACACUCCCUGGGAGCGUGGAAAGCAGAGUGGACAGUUCAACACCUAUACACAAGUCUAUACUGCAGGGUACUCCCAGCCCCCAGCUGGGAACUCUGUUAACCCACAGCUAUCUGUCUGGGACUGGGACUUACGCUACAGCAAGGAACAGAUACUACAGUUCCAUAAUCUUGGCUAUGACCCAGAACACUGCCCAGAUUCAUGGCUCCCUAGACAGCAGCCAAGCUUCAUGGUUCCUGGGCCCCCCAGUUCCGUGUGGCUCUUCUCUAGAGGGGCCCUGACCCCCUUGAAUCAGCUCUGUCCUUGGCGGGACAGUCCCUCCCUGCUGGCAGUCUCUUCUCGUUGGCUCCCUCGACCUGCUAUCUCCUCUGAAAGCCUGGCUGAUCAGGAGUGGGGGCUCCCCUCACAUUGGGGAGCUUGCCCUUUACCCCCAGGGCUGCUGCUGCCUGGAUAUCUGGGACCCCAAAUCAGGCUCUGGAGACGCUGCUACCUGAGGGGAAGGCCUGAGGUCCAGAUGGGACUCUCAGCUCCCACGAUCUCUGGCCUUCAGGCUGAGCUAGCCCAUCUUCAGGAGUUAUUAAGGAAAUGGACACCAAGAAUAUCUCCUGAGGAUCACUCCAAGAAAAGAAAUCCAAAUACCAUUAUGCCCAGUCCCGUUGAAAUUGCUGGCUUUCUCAUGGGCAGGGCAGAGGGUGGUCUGGGGUAAGGGAGAGUUUUGUCUAAUCCUUCAAUUUUUCUUACCUGGUCUUGCUGCCUCAGCUUUCAUACGCCAGCCCUUAAACAAGCUCACUGACUUGAGUUUCCAUUGCAGAUGGGUGGUGCUGACCUUAUCCAACUGUUACCCUGCCCUGUUUGGUUUAAAUAGUUUCUUGUGAUUUGAAGAAUUAAGAAACGAAAACAAACGAAAACAAUCCAGAAUAUGAUCACAUCCUUUUUUCAGGGCAAUGCCAUCCCUUUUGGAUGGAAAUUUUGGAUACUGAGCUGGUAAAUUGUGUGAUCAGAGAUACCAUUUAUCAGUGUCAACAAGAUGGCCUACAGACCUCCUUUUCACCUCCUCUUGCUGUUCCUGUAAUUCCGAUUUCUACUUCUUCCUUUACAGUUUUCCAUGGGUAUGGGAGACACCCUGUCUCUUCCAAUUGUAUAUUUUUGUCGUGACAUUUCUAUUUAAGGAGUUCAUUAAAGCACAAUAUUUAUACACGC